AUGGGAGGGUUGUUCAGUUAUUUUUCAAGUUUGUUUGGAUCAGUUGAGAGGAGAAUUUUAAUCCUUGGACUAGAUGGCGCAGGCAAAACAACAAUCUUGUACAGACUGCAGGUUGGGGAAGUGGUCUCAACAAUACCCACAAUAGGCUUCAAUGUAGAAACAGUUCAGUACAAAAAUUUGAAAUUUCAAGUAUGGGACCUUGGGGGCCAGACGAGCAUCCGACCUUACUGGAGAUGCUACUACUCGAACACCGAUGCCAUCAUCUACGUUGUUGAUAGCAUGGAUAGGGAUAGGAUAGGGAUCUCUAAACAGGAAUUAGUGUCCAUGUUGGAGGCUAGAAUCAAAAACAAUCUUUUAACAAAUUACUCUCUUCAUUUUGUUUUACUUUAUAUUUAUAAAGAAGAGGAACUUAGAAAAUCUGUCCUCUGCAUAUUUGCCAACAAGCAAGAUAUCGAAGGUUCAAUGACAGUAACAGAGGUUGCCAAUGCCCUUGGACUGGCCGCCAUAAAAAACAGAAGAUACCAAAUAUUCAAGACAUCUGCUAUUAAAGGGGAUGGUCUGGAUGAGGCUAUGGAGUGGUUAGCCACAACGUUACAGUCAUCAAAGUGA